AUGACGGGAGAUAGUCUCGGUGAAUCCUCAAGGAGUGUUACACAUCCUCAUGCUCAUCACAAUGAUGCGAACGUGGUGACUGAUGCAGGGAAUGCAAAUGGAAAGGGAAAAGGCAAAAGUAACGGUAAUGGAAAUGGUAAUGGCGAAAUUCAUCCUAUGGUUGAUUUCACCGCAGGUGUAAUAGCAGGUGCAGCGGGAUUACUCGUUGGACAACCAUUCGAUGUCGUCAAAGUACGAUAUCAGACGCCAGAGUAUGCAGGGAGAUACAAAUCGACUUUUGGCGCUCUAGGUGCGAUCGUGAAGGAAGAGAAAGUAAAAGGGUUGUUCAAAGGGGUUACAUCACCGAUGAUAAACGGAGUGGUUUUCACAUCAUAUUCGUUCUUUAUGAAACUUCAAUUAUCACCCGAUCAGAUCAACGAACCGAACCUAGGUCAGAUAUUCUUGGCUGGAGCAGGAAGUGGUGUUGUCGCUGCAACUUUGACCUGUCCAAUCGAGUUGAUAAAGAUCCGCGAGCAGUCCGCCCCACCUCAUGUGAACACCUCAACCCUGGGAGUGAUCAAGCACAUUAUACGCACGGAUGGAUUUAGAGGACUGUUCAGGGGUUUAAACGCAACCGCAUUGAGAGAUUUGGCUUAUGGACCGUAUUUCUUCACCUACGAAGCGACUUUACGUUUGUUCAAAUAUAUAAAAACGCCUCCUUUACCUGAGAACACACGCAAACACGAGGGACACACGUUGAUCGAUGAGGCUGAGAUGGAAUUGUCGAGUGGAUUGAGCUGGCCGGAAUUGAUGGCUGCUGGUGGGAUAGCUGGAGUGACAGCAUGGCUGGCAACAUUUCCAAUAGAUGUAUUCAAGACUCGAAUCCAAUCAGCUUCAUGGCCCUCCGAUAGCCCGUCAAACCCUUCGAAUAGAGCUGUAUCUGUACGUCCCACUCUAUGGAAAGUAGCUGCGGAUGCUGUAAGGCAGGAAGGAUGGAAAGUCAUGUUUGCUGGUUUGGGACCGACGUUGAUAAGGUGA